GAUGAUUCCCAACCGUAUCAACGUUCGGAGCUGUUGCUAGUAGAGCCAAUUUUUUGACGCGUGUUUUCGGGUUGAAAGGUAACAAAAAAUCAUCUUCAUUUACGUGGUCGGCAAAGGGAAAAAUGUGAAACAAAUGUCUUGUUCGCGGUGGCGUUCGUUAAAUGGUGAAAAAUAGUUGCACGCAAGUAUUAAGUAAUUGCAUCCCGGCUGGGAAGAAAGCGUGCGCACGCGAUGGUGUCGGGCAAUCGAUCGGAGGAAGCAGGAUAAAUCACACUAAUGAGGGGUUGACAAUCCGUCACAUCAGUAAGCGGCGUUCCAGCGGAGGCUUGACAGACUUUCCGUUUGCAAAACCUGUUCUAAAUUGCAGAUACGAAUCGAGCGAGUGGGGAAGAAAAUAUUACAACCAAGAGACGAAAAAAGGUUGAAUUUUGGCACAACACAACAAAAACCAGGAAGGCAAGCAGAUCGGAAAAAGCAAUCGGAAUGAAAAUUCGACAAAGCAACACCAAAUCGUCCACGGUUUAAGGCCACACCAUCCCCUCGCCAGUUGUGUGAUGCGUCCCAAAUGGUGGUGCAAGUGAAAUUUACAAUUUCUCAAGAAGGAAUCCCACCAACAGGAGCACGGGCCGGCUGUUGUCCGCGCGAUUCCUUACGAUUGUCCUGUGUUGAAUGUUUUUUUGGUGACACAAACGAUUUUUGGUGCAGUAGAUGAAACAGAAGGCAUGAGAAGACGCAGAGCGCAAAUCGUUGGGGCAACAUUUUCGACUGAUUAUGUCUGUGAUGGCGUGGAGAGCCGGCUGAGGCUGGUUGAAUAUUCGAAACCCACCGUUGCAUCGCACUCACUCGCAUCCUCCGACCUGUUCACUAGCAAAGGUGAGAACGCGCACGCUGGCCGGCAGGCCAGUUAAAGGCUGCGUACCGUUUACCUUACACAUCGAUCAAUUCGCUAAAGCUCGCCUCCCGAAAACAAACAAACGACAAACAGUCAAACCAGUUCCGUCCAGGAGUUGACAUGGUGACAUGUUGCUGCCGGACCAAACGUACGAGCAGGCGACCCUCGGCCGGGAGCGUCUGAGAAGCUCGUCAACAUACGAUGAUGGCGGUUUCCCGCGGUUGUACACGCUGAAGGAGCUCGAUGUGAAGCGGUUGCAGCGAAACUUGCGUGGAGCUAGCAUGUACGUCGAUCGCAGCGUGGGUGAGGAAUCGGCGGGCGUACUGGCGAAUAAUGAGAUGAAAUUUGGCAUUCGACCGUCGGAUGAGAAUGGUGAAGAAAGCGGCACCAGUGGAGUGGGCAGUUCCGGCGAGGCGGGUAAUUCGAGGGACGGCAAGCGGCAGGAGCAUGAUGCGCGUCUCUCGAUGACAAAUGGUGGCAGCAAGCACCCAGCAGUUGGCAAGUUAGCCCUACCGGAGGAAUCAACAGCAAUGUAUCUCGAUUCGGAAAGUCUGUGGAGUGGCCGAGUAGCAUCGGCUAUGGCGAACGGGCAUUCCUACAACAAAACGAUAGAGAGAAGCUGCCAAGCGAUCGAUGCUAGAUGUCGUACAAAGAGUAGUCAAAAGGCGCCUUCCUCCAGACAGCCGGAUCAUACGGAUCGAGGCAUUGGGCUGGAAUCGGCAAGCUCGCAGGGCAGUAGUCUCAGUUAUUCUAGCAACUCCAGUGAGGACGAGGAUUUCGAGGGUUUCGAAAGUGCCCUAAAACCGACGAGGCAGCAAAUGUGUCGCUCGAGAAUGGACGGAGUGAUAGUCGAUGCACCUGCCCUGCCCGAUGGUCCUGACCCGGGUGAACGUGACGAUUACGACAAGACGUCGGAUUUUUUCAACAACAUUCCGGAAUUCCAGGGCGAAGCGCUGGGCCCGUUCAGUAUCGCAAACAAGGGCACCGAACCGGACUGGGGUAGCAUUCGCACGAACGUGGACAUCUUGCGCGCCUGCGAACUAUUCCUGAUGCGGCAUCGGAUGCGGCCAGACUUCUUUUGCAAAUACAAAACGGCAAUGAACCCUUCCGUUUCGGCACCGGCGUCAUUUCCGUUGUCCCGUGCGCGAACACCCAUUGACGUGCGGAAGCCAAAAAGCGUGUCACCACCGAUGCAGAGGCCGGUGUCUCGAGCCCACGGGUCGAUUAGCUUCUCGCGUGCCUCCACGACUUUACCAAUCGAUCGAAACUCGGCUGAUCGGCCGGGACCGAUCUACAGUGUGCCGAAUCGUAGCGGCAAAAAACGACGUCCAAAUGCGGAUGCAUCUUCUUCGAACGAAGCCGUUCACCUGCAGCAAAGACUGAAAAGCCUCAGCUCCGAGCUAGUGACGCUGAGGAAUCGACUACACACCGGUGGCCAACCACCGGGAGCAGGACCCAAUGGAGGCGGUGUACCCGUCGGCGGUGGUACUGUAGUAUCGCCAGCAUCUGGACCAAAUACUAACAACGCUGGAUCGAACCACGGAACACACGGUGCGACCGGGCUGGCGACACAUGCGACCAACGGUCUAAUGACGUCCACGGUCGGCGCCAACGGGAUCAACGUGCUGCCACAUCUUGCCAAUAGUUGCACCAACAACAACAACAACAACAACAGCAAUAACAAUAACAGCACCAACAACUCUACCAAUAACGCUACCAAUAAUGCUAAGAACCACAUGCUAGUUACGAGUGCAGCCCAGUGCAUACCGUCAAACCAGGCGGGCAACAAUCUGAACGCCUCGCAGCCGAAUGUCAACGUCUUGCCAAUCGUUUCACCACGAAAUACCUCAAUCCCGUACCCCUUGCCACAUCACAACACCAGUGCCGGCGCGCUACUGCAUGGAGACACAGUACCAUGCGGUGGAACGCUUCCAAGACGUACGGCGAUGGGUUUCGGUGGCUCGAACUCGAUACAGUACAACGUGGGAGGACAUGCUGGCAGUGGCGGACUCGGUACGAUCGUGUCUCCCAGUGGAUGCGGAUCCGGCACACUGUUGACCGGUACGGGACCCACCACGGUACACUUGCGCGAGCGGCAGGAGAGCUCGGGAAGGAACGAGAUGGACGAUCUGAUACAUCUGCCCGGCCCGCUUACGGAGGACGCCGUCAUGCGUACGUUGCACAACCGCUUCAACGAUGGGAAAUAUUUCACCAAUGUUGGACCGAUACUGCUCUCCGUCAAUCCCUACCACGAUGUCGGUAACCCACUGACCCUGUCCUCUACCCGCUCCGUUCCUCUUGCUCCCCAAUUACGAAAAAUCGUUCAAGAGGCCGUGCGCCAGCAAGCGGAAACGGGCUACCCGCAGGCGAUUAUUCUUUCUGGUACUUCCGGUUCGGGAAAGACGCACUGUUCGAUGUUACUACUGAGACAGUUAUUCGCGGUGGCAGGCGGCGGGCCCGAAACUGACGCGUUCAAACAUCUGGCGGCGGCCUUCACUGUGCUUCGCUCGCUCGGGUCUGCCAAAACCACGACCAACUCGGAAUCGAGUAGAAUUGGACAAUUUAUCGAAGUACAAGUGACAGACGGCGCACUGUACAGGACCAAGAUUCAUUGCUACUUCCUAGAUCAAACGCGCGUCAUUCGCCCAUUGCCAAACGAGAAAAAUUACCACAUCUUCUACCAAAUGCUGGCCGGACUGAAUGCUGACGAAUGUGCCAGGCUCAACCUGGAAGGCUAUUCACCGGCAAACUUGCGCUAUCUGCAGCACGGCGAUAUCCGGCAAGAUGAGCAGGAGGAUGCGGCACGUUUUCAGGCGUGGAAAGCGUGUCUCGGUAUUCUCGGUAUACCCUUCCUCGAUGUUGUGCGUGUCCUAGCGGCGGUUCUGCUUCUCGGAAAUGUGCAGUUUGUGGACGGACAGGGUCUCGAGGUAGAAGUUGUUGGAGAAACAGAACUGAAUGCCGUGGCCAACUUGCUAGGUGUACCACCAGCACAACUAUUUCGUGGGUUAACCACACGCACGCACAAUGCCCGCGGUCAGCUUAUCAAGUCGGUGUGCGAUGCCAACAUGUCGAACAUGACACGCGAUUGCUUAGCAAAGGCACUCUACUGUCGAACAGUAGCAACUAUUGUUCGUAGAGCAAACAGUUUGAAACGUCUCGGCUCAACGUUAGGUACGCUUAGCUCCGACAGCAACGAAUCAGUACACAAUCAAGCAGAAGUGGCAAGCCAGCAUGCGUCUACGAUUGGCGGAAACGCGGGUUCGAAGUCAAUGGCAGCCUUAAACAAUGCUGUUCGGCAUGCAACAGAUGGAUUUAUUGGUAUUUUGGACAUGUUUGGUUUCGAGGAACCACGACCGGCCCAGCUAGAGCACUUGUGCAUAAAUCUAUGCGCCGAGACGAUGCAGCAUUUUUACAACACCCAUAUCUUUAAGAGUUCCGUUGAAUCGUGCCGCGAGGAGGGCAUCAUCUGCGACACGGAGGUAGACUACGUGGACAACGUUCCCUGCAUUGACCUCAUCUCGUCGUUGCGUACCGGUCUGUUGAGCAUGCUCGAUGCUGAGUGUUCGGUGCGCGGUACCGCGGAAAGCUAUGUUGCCAAAAUUAAGGUUCAGCAUCGCAACUCCGCCCGCCUGGAGCAGCGUGCCCUCGAGCCGUACGAUCCUCGCCUAUUUGCCAUCAGACACUUUGCGGGACGCGUCGAGUACGAUACCACCGACUUUCUCGACACCAACAGGGACGUGGUACCGGAUGAUCUGGUGUCUGUGUUUUAUAAGCACACGUGUAACUUUGGUUUCGCGACACACCUUUUCGGAACGGAGCUGAAAGCAUUAUACGCUCAGGAGAGUGGACCGCGGGGCCUAAGUUUCCGCAUUGCACCGACCUCACACACAGAUCUGCUGAACGGGGACGAACCAGUAUCGACGCUGACGCAAGACUUCCACACCCGUUUGGACAAUCUGCUGCGGACGUUGGUGCAUGCAAGGCCACAUUUCGUUCGUUGCAUUCGCAGCAAUACGGCCGAAAAGGGCGGUAUGUUUGACCGAGGGGCUGUUGUUCGGCAGAUUCGUGCUUUGCAGGUGCUGGAAACGGUCAACCUGAUGGCGAGUGGGUUCCCUCAUAGAAUGCGCUUCAAACAGUUUACCGCACGGUACCGGAUGCUAGCUCCAUUCCGGUUGCUGCGUCGUUGUGAAGAGAAAGCUCUGGAGGAUUGCAAGGUGAUUCUGGAUUUCGCACUUGAAAACCCACCCGAGCUGGACGGUUCCGUAACGCUGUCGUGGGCCCCAGGCAAAAGGCACAUCUUCUUAAGUGAAGGCAUCCGUCAGCACCUGGAACGAUUGCGUACGGAGGUGCGCAUGAAGAGUGCCACCUUAAUUCAAGCGACGUGGCGUGGUUGGAAUCUGCGCAAGCGGCUCGGUACGAUAAGACGUACCCACGAUAUCCAUCUGAUGGGUGGAGCACUGCUAUCGAUCAACAAGACAUCAGGUGCUCGAACGGGAAAUGUCACACAUUCCAAUGCAAACAAUACAGGUACAGCAACGAGACCGCGGCCGCAACCGAUCGCUGGCACUCCGCCACCGGAUCCGAACGAAAAGUGCGACUCAAAGAUUAUCGCACAGACUUGCACAUUGUUUGGGUUGGAUUUGGAACGACCACCACCAGUGCCACCGUCUCGUUCCUACACCGUGACUGGAAACUCCAAGCUCGGCUACCCGCAAACACGCAUCAUGAAGAUGAACUUCCCCGAGGAUCCGGCCGCAGUCGGGCUUGGUGAGCAGCUGCGCAAAGGCGAAGCUGUCACAGUGACCGGAGCUUCCCACCGACGCGGCCAUUUAAUCGUGGAACAUAACGGCAUCAGUCUGCACGUACCGUUCCAGUAUAUGGAGCUGGUAAAGACGAUUGCUCCCGUACCGCCUGGCACUGGGCCUACCGGUGCCACAGUGCCUUCACCACCCACCGCCUCCGCGGUCAACAUUUGAUCAUCGACGCGAUCUGUACAGAGCUUACCUUCUUGACAGAGUAAAUUACUGCAACUUCCUAGACCUGAGAAUGAAAAACCCGGGAAACACAGAACGAGUAGCUAACGCACGUCACGCUCAUUUAACAUUCGAAGAACGUUAUCGAGGUACUUAAGCUGGUUUGAAAGGAUUUUGAGCAAUGUUGACAAUAAGGUUGGAUAAUUGUAGUGUUAGUGCUAAGCGUAUAGUGUAAUAAUUAUUUAAAGUAGAUCUUUCUAGCUCAACAAAGCUAGAAGAAGCAAGUUUUUCUUUUGAUGAAACAGAACAGGCCUAGCAAUGCUAGAAAUUAAACACACCGAGAUCCAGUAGAGCACCGUACAGUAGCGAUUCGCAGUAUAAGGUUCGGUAAUGUAUAGUCCUACGCAUCCUUACCAUGGUAAUGCUGUUUCACGAUUCGAAAUAACUCGUAGAUGGAUGGAACAGUUUCUGCAUCAAAUGGAUAUUACCACUGUACCGUUUAUUUUGCACUAUUUCCUUGAUGUAAGCCCUUAUGAGGUAAUGUUAUUGUUAGUUGUAAGAUAUUCCUUUCCCUUCUCUGUUAGAGACUUCCUUAAGUGCCAACGUUUGCGUAUUUUGCUAUAAAAAAUGCAUUAUCUUAAGAGUAUUGCAAAGCGCUUCCCUAUUGCGCUACGUAUAAGUUGCGUAUAAGUAAAAUAAUAUCUUAAAAAAACGUUAGGAAGAAAGGUACAUCUUGCUUUCAGUUAUGGUUAACCACCCAAUCUUUAAGGUACUAUAUUCGAUGUACUUAUACCGUGUGGCAGAAUGAGUGAGCAGAGCAAAGUGUAGCAGAACAAUGUGCUCAUUUUCCCAGAUGAAAUCGUUAACGAACACACGAAGAAGAUUGAAAAACUCGAAGAUGGACACCAACAAGUCGCUGUCGCUGGUCAACAUCAUCCGAUGGAGACAUCAUAAUCGAGCACGAGAUUAAACCGUCCUAACUUUUAUCGGUGUUGUUUUUUUUUCCUUUCACACCGAAACUGUAACCGGUGCCUUGUAUACCUUUUAAGGCUAUGAAGCAUCGGAGCAAAGUUAUUAUUUUCUAUCCUCUUUUUUGUGUAUUGUUUACUUUUCUUUUGUGACAGUGUGGUUUCAUUUUGUGUUUUUUGUCGUUGAAAAUGGCAAAACGUUUAAUCCUAAGCUGUUUGUAUCCGCUUCUAUUGAAGCCAUAUUAGCGACGAAAGCGGCAUAGGAAAAGCAAAUAAUUUCAUUACAACAGUAUUUCGUUUUGCUGCGCAACUUUUACCGUACUUUUCUUCAUGCCAUCGGUAAACCCGGGGUGUUUCAAAAAAAAAAACAAAA